AUGAAAUCGCUCUGCACUUGCGCCGCUUUUGCGGCCGCGGCCGCUAUAGCUCACGGGAGCUUUGCAGCUGCCUUUGGACAAGGUAGCAGGGCACUCCGAAAUAUGCGGAGCGCCAAAGCAGCUAAUUUAACACCUAUAGAGGCUGGUGGUGACAAAUAUUGCACGAAGACAAUAAACACGUGGCGCAAGAGCAUUCUUUCAACAGCUGAGGACUUUAAAGAGCUCGCCGAAGCAGAUCCAACCACUGACAUCACUGCGUUUCUCGCCGCAACUGAGUGCAGUGCACUGCAGUCUGGAAGGUUCAACCAUAUCGUAGGUCCACUAGUGAAGAACACGACCCAGUAA